GUUCGGUUCAGUUUCACUUUCACUUUGUGCUGACUGUGACGCUUUUGGUCGUUUAAUCGAAGAGUGCUGCAUUACUACUUUCUUUUGUUGUAUAUUUCUCACAAAAUUCGACAGGGCAGUUAAGACGAGUGUGAAAAGAGUGAACUGAAUACAUCUCUCUGCAAAAAUGACUUCCUUAGACAUGAGCCCUGCGUCAAAGAAAGAGGUUGAUGGAUUCACAACGAAAGUCGGUAAAGAGGCAGAACAGUUGGUCUCGACUUUCUUCCCCCAUAUGAUUGCUGAGAUGGAGAGCUUGUUACAGGCCUUCUUGGUUUUCGAGGACCUUUCUGCUCUCAGGGCUCCACUGGACAUCCCUAUUCCAGAUCCUGCCAAGGAGGAACUUAAGAAAAAGAAGAAAACUGAGAAAGAAAAAAAGGAGGGAAAGAAAGACAGCGAUGGAGAUAAAGAUGAGGAUGAAGGAGGUCCUCCCUGUGGGCCCAUUGUCUGCAAUGAGAAAAUAGAGAAUCUCAUCAAAGAGAUUAAGCCCCACAUUCAGACACUGAAGGAAAAGCUCAACACAGUGUCAAUGUGGGUACAGCUACAGAUCCCAAGGAUUGAGGAUGGGAACAACUUUGGUGUGGCUGUACAGGAGAAGGUGUUUGAGCUACUAACCAACACCCGCACCAAGAUCGAAGGAUUCCAGACACAGAUCACAAAGUAUUACAGUGAAAGGGGAGAUGCUGUAGCCAAGGCCUCCAAACAGCCACAUGUGGGAGAUUAUAGACAGCUUGUUUAUGAACUGGAUCAACACCAGUACUGUGAGCUACGCAUUGUGGUUCUGGAGAUCCGCAAUAUAUAUGCUGUGUUGUUUGAUGUCAUCAUCAAGAACUAUGACAAAAUUAAGAAACCAAGAGGAGACUGCAAAGCUCUUAUCUACUGAGAGAUAACCCUAUCUGUGUUGUACAAACACAGAAAAGAAGAGAAACAUACCAUAUCAGAUUUCAUUUGAGACGCUUCCUCUGCUUUAGUCACAGUGUACUGAAAUCUAAAAUUUCAUUCCUGAGUACAGUUGGUGAUUUUGUUCAGAUUCAUACAAUAAAAUAGCAGCAUUAUAUAAACAUGGUAUUUUUCAGUUAUUUUGAAUGACACCCUCCAAAAUCCACAGUUAAUAGGUAAACAGCUUUGAAAUCAGUUAACUCUGUUUCAUUAAUAUGCUAUUGUCGGUUUACAGUUUUUUUUUUUUUUUGUUUUUUUUUUACAGAGACACGCUUUCUGAAUUGAUAUAACAUUUUUUCAAAAACUACACACCUACUGUAUCUGGCUGAACCUCAGACCUCCACUGUAAAAGAUAAUAUUGGAUAAACAUGUUAUCUUCCAUCUAAAUGUUCCAUGAUGUGGUAUAUGGCUAAAAAAAAUUUAAAUAGAUAUAGACCAAAAAUGCUUUUAUAUCAUAUAAGGAAAAGCUUCUAAGAUGUUUGUAGUCAAAAGAAUUUUACUUUAACAGUGUGUAAUAAAUGACAUUUAAAAGCUU